GCUACGUGCCUGGAAGUUAUGUCUCAAUAUUUCCUGUUCGUUUUAUUUCCUAUUUCAGCGAGCACACGAGUACGCUUCCCCGAGUGAAAUCCGGAUAAAUUUAAACUGACCGAGAACAUUUUGGUUUAUACACGCCAAAAUGGCCGUAAACUGAGACAAUUCCCGGGUUACUUCGAAUAAACCUUACAUUUGUCAUGUUCUGCAACACGUGAUUGUUGCAUAAAGUACUGAUAAUGAUGAAAACAGCCAUGGAGAGGAUAGGGAUUGUAGGUGCGGGAAUGACGGGCGCUACCCUUGCCUCCCUCUUGAGAACGGAGUGCGCCGAGAGCAAGUUGUUGAUCCUGGACAAGGGCAGGGGUGUCGGUGGGCGAAUGUCCACUAGCAGAAGCGUGAAAGCCAACAGUUUUACCGUGGAUUUGGGAGCUCAGUACAUAUCAAUCACAGAGGCGUACAAAGACAAGCACCACAGAUUUCAUGAAGAGUUGAUUUCAUCAGGAGUUCUCAAAACCUUAUCAAGCGAGAUUGAUGGACACCGAAAUAAAGACCCGUCCGUCACUAACUACAUAGCACCAGAGGGUGUGAGCUCAAUAGUAAAGCAUUUCCUCAAUCAAUCAGGAGCCGAGUUAAAAAAAUGUGAGCAGAUAACUCGAGUUGAUGUGAGUGGAGACAAAGUACAGCUGACGAGUGACAGCGGUCAGUCGUACGAGUGUGAUUCAGCCGUGCUGACCAUGCCUGUCCCUCAGAUUCUGCAGCUCCAGGGAUCAAUAGCAGACAUCCUAA